AUGGCUGUAAAGAUGCUCUAUCGAGGGCCAAGUUCGAGGCUUGAAAAUUUAAUUGAAAAGAUACAGGCUACAAAGGAAAUUGGAACUUCGGAUAUAUAUUCAACGCAAACAUCCUCAAACUAUUCACCGUCUGUGUCGGAUGGUACCUUAACACCAAAUUCAUUACAAAAUCAUGAACACAUAACACCACAUCUUGCUCAUCUACAAACCAUUCCAUACUUUCCGCAGCAGCGUUCCGACGGGAGUGUUAAUCAAAACGAAAAUCAAGGUAAACGAGUUAAUAUUGACGGAAACGAAAUGGAGGGUAAUGAAGAUGCCAAACCAACAGAAAACAGUUCUGCGAAGACGCUUAACACAACUAAACUUGAAGAAAGCAAUGGUAAUUCGAAUAUUCAACACAAACGACAAGUGCGCCUUCACCGGCAGCACCUUUACCACCAUGGAGAGUAUCACACUGCGAAGCUUGUUACAAAACUGAGAAAAAUCGAAAGAGUCGAGACAAAGUUUGAUAAGUUGACAGGAGAUGGCAUUAAGGGAAGCAACGUUGAUGGGUCUUAUCAAUGUCAAUUCUGUGAAAAAUCAUUUCCGCGGCUUGGUUAUUUAAAAAAACACGAACAGAGUCAUGCCGAACAUCUACCUUUCAAAUGUGAAUAUUGCGCUAGACUUUUCAAACAUAAAAGGUCUAGAGAUCGGCACACCAAGCUGCAUACUGGGGAUCGACGAUACCGUUGUCCACACUGCGAGGCAGCUUUCUCUCGAAGUGAUCAUCUAAAAAUUCAUAUGAAAACCCACGAUAAUCAGAAACCAUUCCAAUGCACGGUAUGCAAUCGUGGCUAUAAUACAGCUGCAGCAUUAACUUCGCAUAUGCAAAACCACAAGAAACAAGCAGCCAUUUUAUCGGCAGGGAGAAACCCUCAAGCUCUUAAUUACAGUCCUCGAUCAAGUGGAUCGGUAUCAAGUGGUGGAAGUUUACCAAAAAGGAGCUAUGGCGCAUCAUUAAUUACUGGCAUUAGUAAAACCAAUCGAAUGGACCAUCCGAAACGACCCAGCACAGUUAAUCUGCUGACGUGUAAUUAUUGCUCCAAGUCCAAGUUUAUUUCUAUUGAGCAGUUCAAUGAACAUAUUAGCUCGAAUCAUAGCAAUGAUUUAUUUUCCGUAAAGAAACCGGCUCCACAGCUUGCUAUAAGUAACGCUAUUUCGGAAAUAAACCCGUUCCAGCUGAGUUGUGAAUAUUGCACUAGAGAGUUUGGAAACCUUCCAGCUUUAUUUCAACAUAUACGCCUCGCACAUGUUGAUCGAUUGGCCAGUCCCAAUUCAUAUUUUGAACAUUUCAAUCGUUUGGCUGCAUGUGGUACUUUUAGUCCUCGUUUGGUAAGUGACAAAACAGUUGAAAGGGAAGGCAUCACGGUAAAUGAGAGUAAUAUAAAGCUAGAGCCACUUUUACCUUCAGCAAACGUCCAUGCUGAAAAACAAGAGGAUGAGCCCACUGAUCUUAGUCAAAAUAAUCGACGUUCUUCAACUGCGCUCCAAAUGCCAGAAGAGUCUCUCCAGCCAGAUAUGUUUUUUUGCAAUCAAUGUAAUGCUGGAUUACCAGAUUUUGAUACAUUUCGAAACCACUUAAAAACUCAUAUAACGCAAGACGUAAACCUUAUAUGUCAUCAUUGUGGUUUGGCUUUACAAGAACAAUCAGAACACGAACGGCAUGUGAUUUCACAUUAUUUAAUAACAAGUUCUGAAUAUAUUUGUGCGGGCAACAAGUGUGACAAAUCUCAUUCAAAACCGGAGGAACUUCAAGAUCAUAUGUUUGAGCAGCACGCAAUCCCUAUGUUCAAGUGUUCUGUGUGCUCCGAACUAUUUGAGUCAAAAAUGGCAAUUCAGAUGCAUUUUGCUUGUACACAUUCCAUUGAAACUAAAAUAUUCCGUUGCUCAGCCUGUAUGGAAAUAUUUCGAUCUGAAAAUGAGUUUAGUACGCACGUCAAAUCACAUCAUCCUGGUCUUAAUAGACCGACACCUAAUUCCCUUCAAUGCAUGUUUUGCCGCACUAUUUGUUCAAAUGAAUUAGAGAUGCAUUUUCACUUAGCUGCACAUGCUCGUCAAUUCCAGUGCCCUUCAUGUCCGGAAACAUUUCAUGUCGAAUUUCUUUUAGAUCGACAUAUGCAAAAUCAUCAUACAGACAAUAAUCGAGAAGCAUUGUCUUCGAACGGAACAUACGAAGAAGUAUCAACAUCUUCAAAUAUGCCGAGUCAAAUGAACUCUCCUUAUAUGAAUUCCUUAAUAAACAAAGCGCCACUAAUGAAUAUUUCUUCACAAAAUAACAAUACAAGCAUUCUUGACUACAAUAUUGCUUUUGCGGCACAUCUUAAUAAAAGAAUUUUCCCUGGUCCCCAUGAGGCUGCGACAACAUUGACCAAUGGCAAGUUUUAUAAUGCUUUGCAAGUGGAUACAGACACCGUGAAACAUCCCGAUCUCAUGUAUGGGCUCAGUGGACGGUAUUUUGACACAAGCCGGACAUUGAUAGAGAUGUAUGCACAUCGUAGAAUGGAGAAACCAAAAACUGUGGAAAACUAUUAUAACAGAACAAAACAACAACAUUUAAAAUCUCAAACAGAUUCAAACCGAAUACGAUCACCCGUAGAGUCAAUAAUUCCAACUCCCAUUUCUUCGAACUCUUCAAAGGGGUAUAGCUGUGAUAUUUGCGAACGUAAUGAUUUCCGAUCAGAAGGAGAAGUUAAUUCGCAUCGUAAAAUCGUUCAUAACAUAAAAACAGGUGUUAGUCUGCGCUGCGCUUAUUGUUCAGGAAAUUUUAAGUCACGCACUGAGUUGGAACAUCACAUGAGAACUUGUCAUAAUUCUACCGGUAAACACAAAUGUCUCAUUUGCGAUGAAAUUUUCCCCUCGCCAGCUAUAUUGGCGGAACACAAAUUGCAACAUUCCAAGGUUGGUCAAUCCGGAAAAUGUUCUCACUGCAGCAAACCAUUGGACGAUGUUGCAGCAUUUAAAGCACAUCUUAGUGAGCACAACAUUGAGAGUCAGCUUCCCAUGCAAUGUAUCUGCUGCCGACAAUCGCUUCACUCUGAUUUUGAAAUCAGUUUGCAUGCUCAGUUCCAUACUAAAUCUUCGAACGUCCCAGAAAGUGUAUGUGCUCUUUGCUUAGAGUCUAUUCCCAACCCGAUUAACGGAGAAGCAAAAGUUUGUGACAAAUGCUGCCGAAAACACAAACUUGGCUCUCAUUUUCAGGGCCAAAGAUUACGUAAUGUUCCUUAUGAACCUAUUUCCGAAGCUUGCCAAAGCACAAUGAAGGUUGAAAGUCGUUGUAAUAUCUGCAAAUUGAUUCUACCAUGCACCCAAAAACUCCAAGAACAUUUAGUCGAACACACAUUUGCUGGUUGUGAAGAGCGAGGCUUUAAUUGCUAUAUAUGCUCUGCUGUGUUUACUGCUCCAAGUGGUUUGCUAUCCCACAUGCAUGAGCAUGGAUUGCAGAGCAGGCCCUACGACUGUAAUCUAUGUAGCGAAAAGUUUUUUUUCCGAACGGAACUUGAGCAUCAUUUACUGAGCCAUGAGAAGCGGCAACUGCUUGAAUCUAAAAAUAAAGAAAAAUGUGAGAACAAAUUUUCGUUUCUUAAAGAAGUCGAUAACUCUGCGUCCCAUCUGACUGAAGUUAAAAGGGAAAUAUUCCCGGUUAAUGAUAAAAUCAUAGCAGGCGAAGAGGAUGAGUAUAUCGAAAUAGAAAAAGUUACUGAUGUCCAUCAGACAUAUAAUAAUGCAAAGCAAACUUUUGUCACACAUAAAGAAGGCUUACCAAUGGAAGAAUUAAACCAAAAUUGUGCCGAAGAAAACCGUAUUUAAUUAUUUAUAGUUGUCUACUUUGAUGCCUCUUAGAAAAUAUAUAAUAUAAUUAUACAUACAUAUGUGAAUAUACACAAUACUAUUAUUGUAUGUCAACCACGUUAAAUUAUUCACAUAAAUUUGCAAUUGAUUGCUUCUUUUACGGUUCAGCGUUUUAGCACUUUUACAGUUAUAAAUUAGAACCUAUUGUUUUUGGUUCUUGUGAUUUUAUUAUAAAUUCCCAACACAAAACGCAAGAUAAUUUUCCACUAAUCUCUAAAAUAAG